UUAGAAAAAAUACAAGAAAAAAACACAAAUCUGCGUUAUUAUUACAGAUUUUGCCAUUUUCAUUUCCAAGCUUGAAAAGACAAACAAGAGAGAGUCGCGAGUUCUUCGUUCGUUCUGCUUUUUUUUUGUUCGAAGAGAUGUCUGUCUUUGAAGACGAUUCCUUCGUCAUACUCAACGAUGAUGCGUCUGAGUCUGUUCCAGUCUCAGGCUCUUUUGACGCCAUUGACUCUUUCUCAGCCUACGACGGCUCAGUCCAAGUCGAUGACUCCGUCGACGAUGUUUUUGCAGCGCCUUCUUCUGACUACGGUGCUUACUCGAACGGUGACGGCGUCUUCGGAUCCAACGGUGAACACGACGGUCCUAUCUUGCCACCACCGUCGGAGAUGGAAUCAGAUGAGGGAUUUGCUCUUAGAGAAUGGAGAAGACAUAAUGCAAUUCAACUUGAAGAGAAGGAGAAGAGAGAAAAGGAAUUGUUGAAGCAAAUUAUUGAGGAAGCUAAUCAAUACAAAGAAGAGUUCCAUAAGAAGAUUGAAGUAACUUGUCAAAACAACAAAGCAGCUAACAGGGAGAAGGAAAAGCUGUAUCUGGAGAACCAAGAGAAGUUCUACGCGGAAUCCAGCAAGAAUUACUGGAAGGCAAUAGCAGAGCUAGUUCCUAAAGAGGUUCCAACAAUAGAGAAAAGAAGAGGAAAGAAAGAGCAACAAGACCCUAAGAAGCCAUCAAUCUCUGUGAUUCAAGGUCCAAAGCCCGGUAAGCCAACCGAUCUAACAAGAAUGAGACAAAUAUUGGUGAAGCUCAAACACAACCCACCUUCUCACCUGAAGCUCACUUCUCAACCUCCAUCGGAUGAGGCGGCUGCUCCUCCAAAGAAUGUUCUCGAAACCAAGCCCACUGAGGCGGUUACUGCUGCUUAAAAACCUCUUUGGUUUUCUUAUUCAUUGCUUACAUCUUGUGUGAAUUCGGUCUUUGCAUUUCAUUAUGUGUUAUAAACAGCUGAGAGAUCUUAUGGGUCAUGUGUGUUAUUAACAUAAUUAUGUCAUAUUGGAAUGAUAACUUUUUAUGUUUGAAUUCAGUCA